ACUAUAUAACUAAAAUUUCUUUCAUUUCCACUGCUUUCAAGCUGUAUUAGUAUUAGGGUUUCUGUGAGUGUGCCGUAACGAUUUUCUCUCUCCUCGGAAAGCUUCUGCAAAACCCUAACAAUGGCGGAACAGACGGAGAAGGCUUUUUUGAAGCAGCCGAAGGUGUUCCUUUCGUCGAACAAGUCUAGCAAAGGAAAGAGACCUGGAAAGGGAGGUAACAGGUUCUGGAAGAGCAUUGGUUUGGGAUUCAAGACUCCUCGUGAUGCCAUCGAAGGAACAUACAUCGACAAGAAAUGCCCAUUUACAGGCAACGUUUCCAUCAGAGGUCGUAUCCUUGCUGGUACUUGCCACAGUGCCAAGAUGCAGAGAACCAUUAUUGUUCGUCGCAACUAUCUUCAUUAUAUUAAGAAGUACCAAAGAUAUGAGAAGAGGCAUUCCAACAUCCCUGCCCAUGUUUCACCUUGUUUUCGUGUGAGGGAAGGUGACCAUGUGAUCAUUGGCCAGUGCAGGCCUAUCUCCAAGACAGUGAGAUUUAAUGUCUUGAAGGUCAUCCCUGCUGGUGCAGCUACUGGUGGAAAGAAGGCUUUUGCUGGACUGUAAACCAAAUUUUGAUCACAUUCUACUCUUUAGAAGUUGAGAAAGCAGUCAGAAGAAACCUUGUUCAUGUAUUAUCUUAUGCUCGUAGAAGUGUUUCUAUGAUUGAUUUUAGAGUAUGUGUUUUUAUCAACUCAGUUCCUUAAAUCUGAUUUUGUCAGCUAAUUUGUUUUCACAUGGUUUAUAAAUUAUUGGCACCCUUUUUUGCUUGGGCUUUCUCAUCGUACUUAAAUUUCAAUUGAUUCCAUGCUAAAAAUUCUGGCCGAA